AUGCCAGCUCAUGACUAUGGAGCCGCGCGCACCUUUGCAGAAUCCGACCUCUCUCACAACUACCUCACAUGGCCCGCACUGAAGCCUCUUGCUGAGUGCACCUUGGAUCUCUCCACCAACUUCCUCUCUGGCCCUCUGCCUGAAGGGGCAUGCGAGCCUUUCUUUUUCGAUGCCAACUGCUUCAAGCUGCCGCCUGGCUGUGACUUGGUGCUGCAGAGGCAGGAGGCAGCAUGCAAUGCAUUCUGUGGCGUCUCCUCUGCUGCUGCUGGUGCUCCUGCGUGUGGAGGCCAUGGGGUGUGCUAUCCAGAGGGGGCGAGCUUGGCACCCACAUGUCUGUGCGACGCGGGAUUUGUGCGGUUUGGAGAGAUCAGCUGUGUUGCUCAAGGCCAGAACAUGAAUUACUCACGCAGCCAGUCGAUUCUCCCGCCAGCAACUGUGCUCACCAAGGGGACGCAGCGAGAGACUCGGGGGAGCUUCACGGCAGCGCCAGUGACGCUGUUUGUGUACGAAGCAGGGCAGGCGGCGUUGGGGUGUGGGCUGGAGCUGGCCUUCCACGCCAACUUCACCUUCUCCCUCUCGCCUCAAUCCGGCCGCGCUGGCUUCAACGGCUUUGCCUUUGUUGUCUCGGCGACGAACCGGGUGGGGAGCGGCGCCGGAGUGGGGUAUGGUGGAAUGGACAAGCGAAGUGCAGCGGUGGAGUUUGACACUCGGCAGGACAAGCAGCACGGGGACAUGAGCAGCCAGCAUGUGGGGCUAAACGUUCGGGGCAAAGACAGGUCGUUAGCCGCUGUGAGGUCGCCUUUCCCCCUGAGCAACAGGAAGGCGUACACAGCGUGGGUGGACUAUGAGCCGGGGGACCCCGGCACCAUCCAGGUCUUCCUGGCUGACUCGCAGGAGAAGCCGCAGCAGGCGGUGCUGGAGAGGAGGCUGGCGCUGUGUGAGGUGCUGCAGGGUGCAGCCGAGCAGCCCGCCUUCUUCUUUGGCUUCGUGGCGUCCACCACUGUGAAGCCGUUUCAGCGCCACGUCAUUCUUGAAUCUGCAGUGGACACAGGUCUUCCUGCUUCUCCUCGACCAGUCACACGUAUUCCGGCUCAUUUCUUUUACGCCCCAUACAUUUCUUCGUUCCCAGCAUAUGGGCUUCGGCUAUCAACGGACACGUACCUGCCAGAGUGGGCCAGCCCCUUCCCGCGCUACGUGAGUGCGGACUACCGAGUGGCGCCCGACAAGCAGGACUCGUGGGUUGUCAGCGAAUUCCACUCCUGGGACUCCGUGCCCUUCCUCGGCUGGCCUGUUAAGGACCAGAGCGACUGCAGUGCUUGUUGGGCGUUUGCGGUGGUGGCGAGCGUGGAAGCGGCAUACGGCAUUGCAAUGAAUGGAGAGGCGCCGCAGCUGUCAGUGGAGUCACUCUUUGCAGCCAUGGGGCUCACCUCCGAAGCUGACAAGUGCAGCAUGGGGGGCUCCCCCACCGAGGCAUUCGAAAGGCUUCUCACGCUGCCGCGUGGCGGAGUCACAGAGGCUGGCGCUCCUGUGAGUAGUGAGGUGGAAUGGAAGGCAGAUACAACUGGUGGUGCUUCAUCAGAAGUCUGA